GCAACAUCUCCUGGUUGCAGUCAGGCAGCACAGCAGGCAGCGUUUCCAUUCGUUCCUUAAACUGUUGUUGUGUGACGAGGCGAUGUGGAUUUACAAGCUCGUUUUCGGACUCUUCGUCAUUUCUUGCUCUGAGAGCAAAAGAAAUGCACUCCAGGACUACCAGAAAUCUGAUGGCAUCCAGCUGGUUUCACAGUCUCCUGAGGCUUUCCAUCUGACCAAAACCAAGAAGAUGAGCUUAUCCAGGUGUGCUAAUGUCUGCAGCCGCAAUAAAAAAAUCCCCUUCACAUGCAGAGCGUUCCUUUAUGAUCAUAAAAACAGGAAAUGCCAGUGGCUUUCAUUCGACAAGAACUCACCAGGAACUCAAAGCUAUCAGACCGACAGCUACCAACUCUAUCAGAAGAAAGAUUAUGUAAGAGAAUGCAUUGUGGGGACAGGUCAGAACUAUAGAGGACGGAGGUCGGUGACAGUGAGUGGGAUCAAGUGCCAAGCCUGGGCUUCUCCUAUUCCUCAUGAACACAAAUUUAUGUCUAAGAAGUUCAGGAAGAAGGAUCUCAGAGAAAACUACUGCCGAAACCCUGAUAACUCCACUGUUGGUCCAUGGUGCUUUACCACUGACCCCAGGCCACAUCUUAGACACCAGGAGUGUGGCAUACCACAGUGUUCAGAGGUUGAGUGUGUGAACUGUAAUGGAGACGACUACAGAGGACCCAUGGACCACACAGAAAGUGGAAAAGAGUGCCAGCGAUGGGACCUGAAUGAACCACACAAACACCAGUUCCACCCAAAGAGUUAUCCAGACAAAGGCCUAGAUGACAACUACUGUAGAAACCCAGAUGGACGCCACAGACCCUGGUGCUUUACCACGGACCCAAACACAUCGUGGGAGUAUUGCAGCAUCAAAGUCUGCGAAACUCCUUCUAUAAGUAAUAUGGUAGAAACCACUCAGUGUUACCAGGGCAGAGGAGAGGGUUAUCGAGGGACAGUGGACGUGACGCACAGUGGACUCACCUGCCAGCACUGGGAUUCUCAGUAUCCCCACAACCACACUUUCAUACCUCAAGCCUACCCAUGCAAGGACCUGAGAGAGAACUAUUGUCGGAAUCCAGAUGGUCAAGAAUUCCCCUGGUGCUUCACUACGGACCCAAGAGUCCGCACAAUGUUCUGCACCACUAUUCCCCAGUGUGGCACUCAGAUCAGUCCUGUCAGCGACUGCUAUGAAGGCUUUGGAGAGAAUUACCAAGGACAGCAGUCAAGGACUAGAUCAAACCUGCCCUGUGCUCCCUGGAGAGACCACAGCAACAGUGGUGAGAGGGGCAUGCUGACGGCUAGCCUAGAGGGAAACUUCUGCAGAAAUCCUGAUAAAGACAAACACGGACCUUGGUGUUACACCAACAAUUCUGCAAUUCGAUGGGACUACUGCAACAUAAAACCUUGUGAUUCUUUACAGAACACCAUUACUCUAGUUGAGCCAUCCACUGUAGGAUGUUUCAUCCAUAAAAGAACCAGGAUCGUAGGAGGGGGUCCAGUUGGCAUAACAGAUGGCAGCUGGAUGGUCAGCAUACAGAAAGGGUCAGUUCACUGGUGUGGUGGUUCACUGAUACGAGAGGAGUGGGUACUGACUGACAGACAGUGUUUCUCCUCCUGCGUUCCAGACCUCAGUGAGUAUCGGGUGUGGCUGGGAGUCUCUGACAUCCGAGAGGGUGCUCCUGACUGGUCCAAGAGACAAGAAGUCAGUAUAGCUCAUGUGAUAUGUGGCCCUGAUGGCUCCAGUUUAGCCCUCCUAAGGCUUGCUAAGCCUGCCCUUCCUGCAGACAAUGUCCAUACCAUUCAGCUGCCUGUAGCUGGAUGCUCCAUUCCAGAGGGAACAAUAUGUAAAAUGUAUGGAUGGGGAGAGACCAAAGGCACUGGCCACGAUGAUGUACUUAAGGCAGUGAACCUGCCUAUUGUCAGUAAUAAUAGAUGCAGAGAGAUGCACAGAGGGAACCUCCACAUCCCCAACACCAAGAUCUGCGCAGGAGGGAAGAGGAAUGAGGGAGUGUGUGAGAGGGAUUACGGCGGCCCUCUGGUGUGUCAAGAUGGUGAUAUUAGAGUUAUUGUUGGAGUCAGUGUCCAUGGCAGAGGCUGUGCUCGGGCCAACCAGCCUGGCAUCUUCAUUAAUGUGCCAUUCUACACACAGUGGAUUUACAAGGCUUUCAAAUUCUACCCUAACCCUGAGAUCAUCUAGAGACUAAAGUAAAAUAAAUCACAAUCAAGGGACUAAAUCAAAACUUCCACCUCUCUUCUCUCAAGCAGGGCACUCAGGUCACUUGCUAUGUUUUGUAUACCUUAGUGGUUUUGCAGAUGAAGAAGAAAGUCUGAGGAUGCACUUAUGUCAUGAUGUAAGAGUACUAAUUAUCAUAUUGAUUCUACUGUAAGAAUCAUUAAUGACAACUAUGAAGACAGUUUUCUUCCUGCGUAUAUAUUUGAUCAAUCCAGAUCCAGGGCAAAAUGUGAAGGUCUGUUUUUUUUUUUCCUUUCAAAUGGACAUGAAAAUAAAUAAAUAAACUGAGGGAUACAGUUUUAAGACUUUAUUAAAUUGGCUCAAAAAGUUAAUUGUCUGACAGAAUUUGUAUUGAUAUACAUUAGUGAAAUAUUCUCUUGCUUUGUGGCUAUGUCACAUUUUGCCGUGAGACUGGGUUGCAGACAUACAGGUGGAAUUGAAUGACUGGAGCAGCAAGUGAGGAAAAUGUUUCAAUACAUAAGUUGAAGAUAACAUAAAAAUGUCUUUGAAUGUCUUUGUCUGAGGUAGAAACAGAGCAGGGAAACAAAUAUUUGGUUUUUGACAACUUCCCAAUUUCCCCUUAAAGAUGUGUGUAUGUGAACACUUGUGAUUCCUGGCAUUACUUGAAUGAUUUGAACACCAAAUGCAGUGGUUCAGCAGCUCCCUUUGUAGAGUGCAUCAGUGAGCCACUUAGAAAACUAUUCAAUGGUAGCGCAGUUUCAAAGGCACUCUUAACAAGCUCCAUGCAUCUCCAGGGGCUUAAAUAAAGUGGUCCUCAGUGUAAAUAGUGUUUUAAUGAGUGUAUUUAUGACACUCUAAAUGUAUUUUAGGUCUUAUAGAUCUAUGACAGGAGGUUAUGGGUGUUUUUGGUCGGUAAAUGGAAUGAAGUUUGCUUUUUACAGUUUAAUCUGUCAGUCAAGUUUCUGUCUGAUAAUGGUGUCAGACUCCAUUUCCAGUAUUGUAAUGUUAUCACAGUACCAUUGACUGUAUAUAAGAUGCUAUUUCCUGUCUGUGUAGAUACAAUGAAUGUACGGUUACUCAACCCUCUUAGGAUAUAAAGCAUAAUUCAUGUGUACACAAAGUUCCUUUAAUAUGUUUUAAAUGUUAAUCAUGAGUAUUUUAUAUGUAUGUUUUUGUUGUUGUUGUUGUUUGUUUGUUUCUUUGCAGCAGUGGCUGUAUGCAGAACGAAUCUGCAGAGGGAGAGUGUGUGUGUGAGCGCAUGUUUGAGCCAGAGCUGAAUGAAUUAUUCCUGCACUCAGACCCUGGCAGACCCCCAAUUCCAUUCCACUCUGGAUAUUAAUGUCACAAAGUCUCUUGCUUCAAAUUUUGUGGAAGGGAUGCUCUUUGUAACUGAAUUGUCUGUAUUGGGCUUCACUGUGAGGACUGAAUGGCCCUGAAAACAACUUAACACUUACCCCCCCUUUUUUAACAGUGUAAAUGAUUAAAAUGGCUUUAUGCUAUAGCCACAUUAUCUGCGUAUGGGAGUGAUAAAAUGGCCUUGUGUGUGUGUAAGUGUGUAUGUAUGCAUACCGAAAGAUGUUGCAAGCUGCUAUUUUCAACAAGUUGUACAGCAUUGCCUUAUGUUUUCUGUAUAUUGUACAUUUGUCAUUACAAUUCUUAUCCAUUAUGCUUAAUAAAAAAAAAAAAACAUUUUAGCAAUUA